AUGUACUAUAAAUUCAGCGGAUUCACACAGAAACUGACUGGAGCGACUCCGGCCACCGCGUACACCCCGCAGGGGCUGAAGCCGGGUCUGACGGAGCCGCCUCCCAUCAUCUUCACGUCUCCGACUAAAGUGGUGUCAGAGUCCGGGACGGUGGCGGAGUAUCUGGGGUCCAACAAGGUGCCAGAUCUGCAGAGGAUAUUCCAGAAGUCGGACGGCACACCAGUCCAUCUAAAGGGCGGCUACGCGGACAAGCUCCUCUACCGCACCACCAUGGCUCUGACAGUAGGGGGCGUUCUCUACACUCUGAUGGCUCUGUACAUGGCGGCGCAGCCCAGGAAAAACUAA